UGAUUAUAAAUCCAAUUAACUAUUGACCUGAACUGUCGUGUUGAGUUUAUUUCUAUUUGUAUUUAUAAAGUCAAAAAAGUGUCGCGGUAUUUUUAGGUAGUGUGAAAUAAAGAGAAAUAAUAAAAAUGCGUGUAGAAUUACCAGUGUUGACAAGAUGUUGUAUGUGCUUUCCUCUUCGGUAUGGGUUACUUGUGUGGGGGUAUGUCAGAUUGUGUAUAGGUCUGUUGCUUCUAACCAGCGUCACGUCAGGUUUCAUAGAAGUGCUGACCUCCGAACCGAAACCUGAUGAAAAUAGAGCCGUGUUUCUAUCAGUUAUAGGAACUAUCGUAGUGUUGACAUUCAAUGAUGUUGUACUAAAUGCCUUGUUUAUCGUCGGAGGACAUACGAAAAACGUGAGAUUAUUAAGAGCCUAUUAUAUCUACAGCAUUACACUCUGGGUUCUUAUGAUAGUAUUGUACACCUUUUUCACUGGACAGACUUUCAAUUUCUACCGUAAAUUUGAAGAAGACAAAAUGCUUUACUUAUGCAUCGCCGUAAUGGACAUCAUUAUUUAUUUUGGGCAUAUCGUGAUACAACUUUACUCUAUCCUGCUAAUAAGGAGUGAGAUAGUUAAACUAACCAACAACUGCGAGUUCAGGUUCGUGAACAAUGCUGCACAACUUGAGAUGCAGUAUGAAAUAGAUGGAGUUAAAGUUAUUUGUGAUGGUGGAAAUACAACUGUUGAAGACAGCUGCAAAAUGACACAGGAAAAUGAUACACAACAGUAAAAUAAUUAAGUUAUUUGAUAGUGACAAAUGUGAUAUUAGGAUAUUUUGUAAA